AUGGAAACUGCAGAACCAGUGUCAUACGAAUUUCCCGGUCAUGCCGUUGGGGCGGUUGCGCCUCGUCGAAUGAUGGGCUCGAAUGUCGGCCACAACUUUCCAUUUUAUACCAAUCCGACUGGUGGCUAUACGCUUCCAUUCCAUCAAUCUUCGUCCCCUGCGUAUAGCUUCGGACACACACUCAACCACCACCAUCAUCACCAUCACCAUCAUCCGGGCUACCAGCAUUAUUUCGUUGCCGGCCAGCAACCGAUCAACCCCCAGCCGGUCCGCCUAUCCUCUGAGCCACCGUCCAUCCAGCAAAUUCCCGAUAUCCGGCCGGCCAAAAAUGCCGUUAACCGGGUAGCCAGGGAUCCUUUAAUGAAGAUCGAGCACAACGGGGGCUCACAACAACCUCCCGGAGCCCAGUCCUCGAGUAGCGAAGGAGGUGCACAGGGGAAGAGCUCCAGCUCCAGCGAGGUUGAGUUCUCCACGGAGGUAGAUAUCUUGAUGAAGGCAAUUCAGGCCAAAGCCAGUGCUCAGUCACCAGGGGUGCAGUCUCUGCCACCACUGCAACAGUUGACACACGGGGGAAGCACCGGAUACCCUCAGAGCUAUACUAUGCCGGUGACGACCCCAAGAUGCACCGUUAUGGUCGAAGAGGCUCCAUCAAGAUCAGGCAAAAAGCGCAAGUAUGCUUGCACUUUACCACAGUGUGGCAAGAGCUUCGCGCAGAAGACGCACCUGGAUAUUCAUAUGCGGGCUCACACGGGGGACAAGCCCUUUGUGUGCAAAGAGCCCUCAUGUGGACAGCGCUUCUCUCAGUUGGGUAAUUUGAAGACUCAUCAACGACGCCAUACUGGGGAAAAGCCAUUUUCCUGUGAUAUCUGUCAGAAACGAUUCGCUCAACGAGGCAACGUCCGUGCUCAUAAGAUCACACAUCAACAUGCCAAACCAUUCACUUGUCUCCUGGACGACUGCGGAAAGCAAUUUACCCAGCUUGGAAACCUCAAGUCACACCAGAACAAGUUCCAUGCCACAACCCUACGAAAUCUUACUUUAAAAUUCUCCCAAGUGACAGAAGGAGAUCACAUGAGCCCACAAGACAGGAAGCUCUGGGAAUAUUUUGCUACAUUGUACAAGAACAGCAACAAAGGAAUCAAGGGUCGCGGGAAAGACCGCAGGAUCUCGCCUACUUCACGGUCUGAUCCCGGCUCAGACUCCCGCAGAAGGAUCCAGCCUCUCAGCAGCAAUGAUGACAAGAUGCGCCGAGCAAGCUAUGAAGAUACAUCUAUGUAUAACGGAGGUUCUAGCAGCGAUGAUGACGACGCAGAACCUUAUUAUAUUGAAAGGCAGGCUCAUUGACAUACCAUAUCGGCUUUCUCCACAUUUCUUAGAAUCUUGUCGCAUCAUUUACAUUGCCCUCAUUUGUUACUACGAUACCAGUCUCGUUCGUGAUUAUUUCGUUUCGCCUCAUAUAAACCGCAUAUCGUGUUGAAUAUGGUGUUCGCCUGGAAUAGGGCUUUCCCAGAUGUUUUCGUUCGGCCUGAAGACUCUUCUUAUGUACAUCAGCGUGGUUUCCUCUUUUAUUUUCCUUUUUUUGGACAUAUAUACCUGUGGCGGACAAAGCCCGUUUAGUACGUUCUGGUUCUCAACAUGUUGAUAUAUAUGAUCAUAUUACAACCCCUACAACUGCAAAUAAAAU